CAUCUUGCAGCUGUUAUAAGAAAAUGACGCUUGUUGAAAAUAAAUGGCAAGAUGAUCGUUCAAUACUGCGUUCCCGAGAUUCAUUCUGGGACAGCGAUCGUUGGUAUUGUAAUUGGGAUGAUUGGCCAUUGGACUGGCCUCGACCUGGCGAAAUUGUCCGACGCCGAAGAUCUGAUUUUGAUCGCGAUGGCUUCUGGGACUGGCCAUCUGAUUGGCCUCGGAUGGAUGCCGUGAUGCCAAGGUUUUCCUCACAUCUUGAUCGUUUGGAUCGUAAUUGGCGUUCUGAUCCAUUCUGGCGUGAUUUAUAUCCAGGGUGGGCAGAACCAAUUUUCAAAGAAGGUAUCGAUAUUCGUACAAAUAUUAUCAAUGAUACGUCACGUUUUGCCGUGGAAAUUGACGCGUAUCAAUUUCGACCAGAGGAGAUAAAGGUGAAAACAAUAGAUGACACAUUGUUGAUCGAAGGUCGACAUGAAGACGUUCGUGAUCGUGACAAUUUCACAAAAAUGUAUUUCGUGCGUAAGUAUCAGCUACCGCUGGACGUAAAUCCCAUGGAUAUCUUAAGCACCCUUGACAGUACAGGUCGUCUACUUGUUGAAGCAAGGAAACAAUCACAAGUUCAAGGACGUGGACGUAUGAUUCCAGUAGAGGGACCGUCACGGCACGGUGAAGUUCGCAUGCCACGAAAUGAUGCUAUACGAAGUUCAUAUGGAUCGCGAGUGCAGCAACAAUCAACACCUAGUCAUCGUUCACAGAGUUCUUAUUCUUACAAGCACAGUCGAACAAUUACCGGUGGCUCACCAAGCGGCAUUUAUCGCGAACACAGCGUCCCAAUCACUGAAACCGGAAUGAGUUCACGAGCUGUCGAAAAAAAAGCUUCUGAAGAAUUUCAUUCUCAUGAAAGACAUGAAAAGGAUGAGUAUCGCUCGGAAUCCAGAAAUGAUUAUCGCAGUCAGUCAUCCAGACAAGACAGCGGUUUCCAAGACAGUGUUUCUUCAUCCAUUAAACAAGAUGGGAGUCCACGGAAAGGUGAUACAAAUCCCAAUAAUGUUCGUAAUGUGCCGAUUCUUCGAAAAACAUUUAAAUAAACUCAAAUUUCUGAAUACUUUGAUGUAAUACAAGUAGAAUCUCUCAUGGAAAAAACAGACCUUAUCUUCUGAGGGAUCACGAGUCAUUUUCACGUUGUUCACUUCAAUUUAUUAGUGUUAGCAAUAGAAAUAUCACCACCGAUUACUUAUCUGCAUAAUAUUGUUAAAAUCUAUUUUCAAUAAGUAAAUCAUAAGAAAAAAUAUCGGGAUAUCGAAGAAAAAAUUAAAACUGGGCAUAUCAAAUCCGCUUGUCUGCUUACAGUACCAUCAUUUCUUCUGCUUUCUUCCAACAUUACUAAAUUACAGUGGAUUUUUCAUUUAUUUUUGUCGAUUAUUAUAUUCAAAC